ACAUAACGAGCAGAUAAAGUUAAAAAGAAAUCAUCGCUGUUAGAAAGUGAUGUCUUUCCGAACGAUGAUACUUACUAAACGUUCAAAUUCUUAUUUUUAGAAUAGAAGACUGUGCAACUGACAAAAGCGCGGCGCCAUAUUGCAUGCUUGUGUUUGGUUACUGUUCUGGCGCGUGGUCGAGAAUUGUUAUAUUUAAUUAACUAUCAUGUCCGAUAAUCAGGAACAAAAACCCGAAGCCGGCCCAGGCGACGCAAAUUCCGAAUACAUCAAGCUUAAAGUCGUUGGAAAUGACAGCAAUGAAAUUCACUUUAGGGUAAAGAUGACCACUCAAAUGGGUAAACUCAAGAAAUCAUAUAGUGAUCGUGUGGGUGUACCUAUGACAUCUCUCAGGUUUCUAUUUGAUGGUAAAAGAAUUAAUGAUGAUGAAACUCCAAAGCAGUUGGAAAUGGAAAAUGAUGAUGUUAUUGAGGUAUACCAAGAACAAACAGGUGGUCACUACUGAAGAAAUUGAAUCUAUCAUUCAGUUUCAACAUCUUUUGAAGUGAAAGUGACUAUCAUAAACAAAUGGACAAGUUUAUCAGUAUAUAUAUGUAUGUUAAAAAAUAUGUAAUUUGGUUUUUUACGUAACAUUUUGAUGUGCUGUUCUACAUUCCUGUAACAUGGCAAGUUUAAGGACCAUCAGCAGUUAGUUUCAUACAUUGUAUACAUUUAAUCACUUAAAGCAAAAGCAAAACGAGAAAAAAAAAGGAAAAGAAAAUAGAAAAAAAUAAUCACGCCUUACAGCCAUGAAUUUUGUCCAUUGAUAAUAACUAGCAAUGUAUUUGCAAUCAACAGACUUUUUAAUUAAUAGAUUUAGAUCGCGAGAAUUUCGAGAAAUUAAACUUUACGUUCGUUAUUAAAACAUGAUACAUAUUGUAUAACGUGAACAUGAUUUAAACAAAAAUUGUUGCGUUUAAGGUGCGUCUAUAAUAAAAGAAAUAAUUGUAAUAUUUUC